AGUUGGGUCACACUGGCGCCAAUAAAAGUUAAAGUUUUUUAUUUCCACAGUGAAUUUUAAAGCUAAUUGUACGGCAAUUGCGCGAUAAGAAAGCCAAGGAGGAGAGCAGUAAAAUGUUCAAUGGUUCACCGCAUCCACAUAGCCAGUAAUCUCAGCAAGCAUCUCAUCCGCACAUAAGGGUGCAAAGUUCAAGCAGCAUCCGUUGACAGCAUCAUGGCUUGGCUGGCCUUUGGAACUUUGGCCUCUGGCUUCGUUCUUCAGCGUUUGCUGGGCGGCGAUCAGCCGGCCAACAAGGUGUUGGAGAUCAAGAGCGAGUCCCUGGGCACGCUGCAAGUCCUCGCCCGAGAUGACGCCAUGGUUUUAUUUGCACCGCCCUUCAACAGCAACGACAAUAAGCGGGCGGUGUACGAGAUUGUACUACAACGACCCACCUCGGACUCGAAUACCACAUCCUUCAGCCUCUACCGCUCGCCAGUUCAGUCAGAGGCCGAGGAACGCUUCAAUGCCUUCCUCCAGCGGCUGCCCGUGUUCGUCAGCAUAGUCAAAGAGUACUACAAUGUAAAUGGCUUGCAAAAGACCUGCGAUACCCUGGCGGAGAAUCCCUCCUGGUCGCUGGCCCACUUGAUUGCCUACUUCAACCUGGUGGACUACAUAAGCAAUCCAAAGGUUUUGCAGUGCGUGGAGAGUGCCGAUCCCACCUCCCUGAUGUCGCCCUUUCAGCUGGCCAUCAAGCAGGGUCACAUGGAGAUGGUGAAGGUCCUGCUGCCCCUGAGCAAGCUGGAGCACCUGGACAUCAACAGCAAUUCCGUGUACCACUAUGCCGCCAGCACCACCAAGGAGAUUAUCAAUCUAAUCAUUGAAAAGAGCACCGUGAACCUGAACCACCUCAACUCGGAUGGCUAUACGCCGCUGCAUGUGGCCUGUGUCACAGACAAGCCGGAGUGCGUAAAGGCUUUGCUCCUGGCCGGCGCCGAUGUCAAUCUCAAUGCCAAGAACAUCACCAAGCUCUACAAAACAUCGGCACCCACAUCGGUGGCCUCGUUUCUGCGCACCAAUGCGAGCAAGCUCUACACGCAGGACAUGAAGUAUGGCGGCACACCGCUGCACUGGUGCUCCUCCCGCGAGACCCUGCACGCGCUCAUCAUGGAGGGAUGCGACGUCAACUCGACCAACUUUGACGGACGCACGGCCCUGCACGUGAUGGUCGCAAGGAAUCGGUUCGAGUGCGUCGUCACGCUGUUGGCCCACGAUGCGGAGAUCGACGUGUUGGACAAGGAGGGCAACUCGGCGCUGCACAUUGCCAUUGAGAAGAAGCUGGUGCCGAUUGUGCAGUGCCUGGUGGUGUUCGGGUGUGACAUCAAUCUGAAGAACAAGGAUGGCAAGAGCCCGCGUCAUAUGGUGGGCAACGAUGCCAGCGGCAACAAGGAGGACGAGAUCCUCUACAUCCUGCACUCGGUGGGGGCCAAGCGGUGCACCGAUACGGGUUCCAAGUGUCCGCCAGGAUGCAAUGCCAAGGGCAACUACAAUGGCAUUCCGCCGGAGGCCCCCGAAUCCGUGGAGCAGCGUGAGCACAUCGAGACAAUGCUGGCCACCACAAGUCGCCAGGUGUUGGGUGGGUUCCUGGGGGCAGCGGCCAAUGGAGUGAUGGAGAAGCCACCACCGCCACAGAUGCCCGUUGUGGUCGACACUGAAAAGGAGCUAAAAGGACAGAGCAUCAUGGACGCCCUACUGGGCAUGUUCACCACCAAGGUGAAUGCCGACGAGCUGAAGAAGGACACCUCGUCGGGCAGUCUGGCCAGCGGCAGUGCUGCGGCCACUCCGCCCUCGGCCCAGGCCAGUCCGGAGCACUUGGCAUCGCCCACCUCGCCCAUUGGCAUGGAAAUCGGCGAUAAGCCCUAUGGACGUGGCCGCCUGCUCUGCCUAGAUGGCGGUGGCAUCCGCGGAUUGGUCUUGGUUCAAAUGCUCCUCGAAAUCGAGAAGCUGUCACGCACGCCCAUUAUUCACAUGUUCGAUUGGAUUGCCGGCACAAGUACGGGAGGAAUUCUCGCACUCGCCUUGGGCUGUGGCAAGACGAUGCGCCAGUGCAUGGGCUUGUAUCUGCGCAUGAAGGAGCAGUGCUUCGUGGGCUCGCGGCCCUACAACAGCGACUUCUUUGAGGCCAUUCUGAAGGACAAUCUGGGCGAGUUCAAUGUGAUGACGGACAUCAAGCAUCCAAAGAUAAUGGUCACCGGUGUGAUGGCGGACCGAAAGCCCGUCGAUCUGCAUCUAUUUAGGAACUAUACGAGCGCCAGCGACAUUCUGGGCAUCGUGACUUCCAUAAAUAACCGCCGCGUUCCUCCCCCCUCACCGCAGGAGCAGCUGGUGUGGCGUGCCGCCCGUGCCACAGGGGCAGCUCCCUCGUAUUUCCGAGCCUUUGGACGCUUCCUGGACGGUGGCUUGAUUGCCAAUAACCCCACUUUGGAUGCCAUGACCGAGAUACACGAGUAUAACAUGGCGCUGCGCAGUGCUGGACGCGAGGCAGAGGCCAUACCCGUGUCCGUGGUGAUGUCGCUGGGCACGGGUCACAUACCGGUGACGGAGCUAAAGGAUAUCGAUGUCUUCCGACCGGAGAGCAUAUGGGAUACGGCCAAGCUGGCCUACGGAAUAUCCACCAUUGGCAACCUCCUGGUGGAUCAGGCCACCUGCUCCGAUGGCCGAGUGGUGGACCGCGCUCGCGCCUGGUGCAGCACCAUUGGCAUACCCUACUACCGCUUCAAUCCUCAGCUGAGCGAGGACAUUGCCAUGGACGAGAAGAACGACCAGAAGCUAAUCAAUAUGCUCUGGCACACCAAGGCCUACAUGCACGCCAAUCGCAACAAGAUCAUCGAGAUGAUAAACUUUUUGAAAUAGCAUGCAAGACGGAUUUAGACCACAUUUUUCCAGAGAGAGAGGGAUCCCCCUUUCGUCUAUUGUCUGUGUGUACUUUUUAGCUAGAUUUCACAACUGUUGAUUACUUUUCGUUGAGAGCACCUUUUCUGCGGUCUAAAUCCUGUUAACCCAUACACAAAAGAUCAAUAUUCCCAGGAACUUUCCUUCAAUAACACGGUACACCGUCGCCCACCAUCCUGAACCUGAACUAAUCUUCGAAUUUCCCCCCAUCCGAGGCUUUAUCUCCAGGAUUACCAGAACGAAUUACGCUUUGCAUUGUUGUGUUAUUGGUUUUAAGAAGGAAUCUUACUUAAAUUAUUUUCAAUAUUUGUAUUAUUAUCAACGCCAUCCCAUGUAUUGAAUGUGUGUUGCCCUCCCAUUGGAUUGUGAGUUCAGAACGAAACAUUCCGUGCCGCUUUGCUAGGAAAUGCAUAUGUGUAGUCGAGCACGAAUUUUUUGAAUAAAACUUUUUAAGUGUGUA